UGUGUGUGUGUGUGUGUGUGUGUGUGUCCCACUGACCCUCAGUGCUGCAGAUCCUUCAUGUGUCUUUCGCUCUGGAUACUUCACACUCAACAGACCGGAGCAGUCCACCAGCAUGAGUUUGAUGGACAUAUCCAAGAUCUUUUCUCUUCUUCAGCCCAGAGAGGAUGAGGAGGAGGACACGUGCUGCAGUCAGGAGCUCAAUCAGGCCGUGUUUCGAGACGAUGAGGGACUGCUGUCUGAUCUGCUGUCUCAGGACAGGUACAGGAGGUGUGUUAACCUGCGCAGCGGCUGGGGCGUCCCGGUCACUCCGCUGCGCUCCGCUGCGUCUCAGGGUCACCUGCGCUGUCUGGAGCUGCUCCUGGCUCACGGAGCCCAGGUCGACAGCCUGGACGUCAAAGCCCAGACGCCGCUGUUCACGGCCGUCGCCGGCAGACACCUGGACUGUGUGGUGGCUUUAUUAAGAGCUGGUGCUGACCCUAACGGCAGCCCGUUUAACAACUGCUCCCCGGUGCUCACCGCGGCCCGAGAGGGAGACGUGGACAUCCUGAGAGAGCUCCUGCAGCACGGAGCCGAUGUAGACGUCAAACCCAAGAUCCCAGACUGGGCUUCCAACACCACGGGCUGCCGGGGACCGCUCUAUAUCUCAGCUUGUUACGGUCAUCUGGAGGUCUUCAGACUGUUACUGCAGCAUGGAGCGAACCCAGACUACAACUGCACUGACGAAAAGAUGCUGAGCCGCAUCAGACAGCCCAAAACUGUGCUGGAGAUGUGUCUCAGAUACGGCUGUGGGCCUGAAUACAUUCAGCUGCUCGUAGACUUCGGAGCAAACGUCUAUCUGCCCGCUUUAAUCGUAGAUAAAACAACCAGACAGAACGAAGCAGUGCUGCUUCUGCUCAAAGAGAGAGUUUGUCCAAAAACACUCAUGUCUCAGGCUCGACUUUCUUUAUGGAAGUUCCUUCCCAUGGAAAACAAGAUGAGCUGCAUAGAUUGUCUGGAUAUUCCCAAAAUACUGAAGGACUAUUUGAAUCAUGUAUCCUGAUUUUCCUACAUUUUCUCUUCUGAUGUGGAAUACUUAUCUAACUUCUUUUUGUAAAAUAAUAUCUGUAAUAUUUGAUGUAUUUAGAAUGCUAAAAACUACAGAUAAUGUAGCAUUUAAUGGAUUGUGUUAUUAUUUUGCUAAAAUAUGUAGGAGUAUGUGGUUAAUGCAGUGAAGUAGGUCAUGUUGUUUUGUUGAUGCAAGGUAAAUGAAGGUGAAGGAGUAAUGGGUGAACUGAUCACAACAGCUUGUGGAGCUGAUGAUCGACAGGAUGAUCUGCUGCGGUUCCCUGAACUACUGUGAAAGAUGAGCAUCACUUUACAUCUCAAGCAAGACUGAAGUCUGUUUAUGAAGUAUUUUAUACAUGUUGAUUAAUUUCUAUGAAUGAUAUUAUACACAUUGUAAUGUUAAGUUUACUUGUGUGGUUUAUUUAUGCUUCGAGAUGUGAAGGGGGAAUUCUGCCUGUAGAAUAAAAUAGCUAUAAACAAUGCACUUUUCAUUCAAUGUGUCCUAUAACAAUCAGUAACUACACAAUUUGUAAUUAAUUUCUUGACUGUACUGUACAUAUGGGGACAAAGUUGCAUUUACAUAAUUUGUUUUGCAGUGUUCAGUUUAUAGGCAAUAAAAAAUCUAAUCAAA